AUGAUACAUGGACCACGUGGAAUUUUAAAUCCCAAUUCUCCCUGCAUAAAAGAUGGUAUAUGCACACAAAAAUUUCCUAAGGAAUUUAAUCCCCACACUGUUGCAAUUUUUAAUGGUUAUCCACGCUAUAGGCGCGUCGAUAAUGGAAGAAUUGUCAAUAUAAAAGGUAAUCAAGUUGACAAUCGUUGGGUUGUACCUUAUAACCCAUGGCUUUCUAAAAAAUAUCAAGCGCACAUAAAUGUUGAAGCCUGCAUGACCAUAAAGUCAGUUAAGUAUUUAUAUAAGUACAUUUACAAAGGGCAUGACUGUGCCAAUGUGGUGAUAAAUGAGCAAGUUAACCAUGAUGAAAUAGACACGUUUUUAAAUUGUCGCUAUGUCUCAGCUCCAGAAGCAUUGUGGCGAAUAUUUGAGUAUUCUUUAAGUGAUAUGUCACAUAACAUCAUUCGACUUCAGGUUCAUCUGCCAGAUAAUCAGAUGAUAUAUUUUGUAGAAGGCGAAGAACAGGCAGCUUUAGACCGAGCAGCACAGCGUGACACUCACCUAACUGCAUGGUUUAAAUUAAAUGUUGAAAAUGAACAAGCCCGACACUAUCCAUAUGUUGAAAUUUCUUACCACUUUGUUUGUGGUAGCAAACAUUGUAAAUGGAAAGUUAGGCAAAGAGGUAGCAAUAAGGUGAUUGUUAGGAUGUAUAAAGUGAGUCCAAUAGGUGAAAUAUUUUAUCUUAGAAUGUUACUUUGGCAUGUUAGAGGUACAGUUUCUUUUGAAGAUUUGCGUACUGUUAAUGGUACAGUUUUUAAUACAUUCCGAGAAGCAUGUUCUCAAUUAGGUCUGUUACAAGACGACGCUGAAUGGAGAAAUACAUUAACUGAGGCUGCUGCAACUCAUUUGCUAAAUCAAAUUAGACAGUUGUUUUCCAUUAUUUUGACUUUCUGUGAACCUGAUGAUCCAUUAAAUCUUUGGAAUGCCUUUAAAGAUUUUAUGAUGGAGGAUUACAUUCACCAUUCCAUGCCACCAAUAAUUGCUGAGCAGGCAACUUUGCGUCAAAUUGAAUCUAUAAUUAAUCAGAACGUCCCACAAAAUGAAGAGGAAGAUGUUCAGGUUUUAAUUGAUGAAGCAAAUAGGGUUAGACCAUUGUUAAAUGAUAAUCAGCGUCAAAUUGCUGAUGCUAUCCUUUCUGCUCUUUGUGAGCAACCUAACAAUGAAAACAAGCAGUCUAGAUUGUUUUUUAUGGAUGGCCCUGCAGGUUGUGGUAAAACAUUUACAUACAAUUAUUUAAUCGCUGAAACCAGCAGUAGACAUAUUAUAACUGCAACAGCUGCAUGGACAGGAAUAGCUGCAACUCUUUUAAAAAAAGGAUGUACACUUCAUGGUUUGUUCAAACUUCCUGUGCCGAUUUUGGAAAAUAGCACAUGCAAUGUAACUCCAAAUUCUAUACACGGAAAAUUCUUAAGGCAAGUUAGCCUUUAUUUACUAGAUGAGGCAUCCAUGAUACCUAAACAUGCUUUAAAUGCCAUUGAUAAGUUACUUCAAGACGUUUGCAAUAGCAAGUUUCCUUUCGGUGGUAAAGUUAUUCUUAUGGGUGGGGAUUUUAGGCAAACACUUCCGGCCGAAGAAGAGGAAUUCUCUCAAUGGCUUUUAAAACUUGGUUGUGGAACAUUACCUUUAAAAGCAGAUGGUUCCUUUCGCGGGUGCAUUGAGAUUCCUGAGCAAUGCUUGCUUGGAGAAAAUGAACCUUUAGUAGACAAGAUUUUUGGAGUUGCAGAAGAAGAUGAUUAUGCUAAACGUGCCAUUUUGACACCCAAUAAUGUUGAUUCUUUAGCAAUAAAUGAAGAAGUUUUGGACCGUUUACCAGGUGUCGUUAAGGUUUAUUUAAGUGCUGAUUCUAUUGAAACAGAUUAUCUUAACGAAAUCAAUAAUUUUCCUGUUGAGUUUUUAAACAGUCUUACUCCAUCAGGAAUGCCUGUUCAUUGCCUAAAGCUAAAAAUUGGUGCUGUUAUAAUGUUACUUCGAAAUUUAGUUCUAAAAGCUGGACUUUGCAAUGGUACCCGAUUGAUAGUGCGUGCUCUACAAAAUAAUUACAUUGAUGGGCAAGUUCUAACAGGUGUUUCAGUUGGCAAGAGGGUAUUUGUCCCUCGGGUUCAGUUAACACAAUCUGAUUCAAAUUUACCUUUUACACUUAAGCGUCGUCAAUUUCCUGUAAGAUUAGCAUACUCAAUGACCAUGAAUAAAAGUCAACGUCAAACUUUUGACAAAAAUGGUUAUAUUUUGUAA